AUGCUGAAAAGCGGGUCCAAAUACGAUGUAGCUGUGGUACCCACAAGAUCAACAAAGCAACGCUUUGCCAUGGUGCCCACUGAGGAGCGGAACGAAACCAGUUUGAGCUCACUACUUGACUCCAGGGAACACUGGUGGAUUUCAAGGUACAUCAAGGCUAUUCAGCGCAUACCGCCAGUCACCGGCGUCUAUGUGGCCUUGUCGAGUAUUUCCGCGCUCCUCGCAUGGGCGCUGAACGAAAACUACAUGUUAGACGCGCUGCAGUUUGACCUGCAAAGAGUGAAACGUGGCGAGCUCUGGCGACUCAUAACUCCGUUUCUGAACUUCGGGCCACUGUGGCUGGCACACAUGUUUAUGCUGCAGUCUGUGGUGCUCUACAUGUCGUCUGUUGAGAUAUCACACUGCGCAAGACCUGAGAAGUUUGUUGAAUUCAUGGCCUUCGGAUUGGCGCUACUCUCAUCCUACGGGGUCGCGGAAGCUAUUGCGGGACGGCACGAGGCGACAAUGUCAAGCGCGGCUUACCACUUGCACACCUACGUGCUCUACUACUGGAGCCGUCUAAACGAAGGGUCAGUGGUGAACUGCUUCGACCUGUUCACGUUACCGGCGGAGUCGGUACCUUUAAUGUUUUUGCUGCAGAACUACCUGCUCUACCGAGAAUUCUACUUUGCGGAUAUAGUGGCAAUAGGUGGCGCAUACAUCUACUUCUACUACCUAUUCGACACCAAGCCUGUAUGGCCGCUGAGGCGCCUCCGAGGAGGCCGCUUCACUAGACUCUACCAACGUUUCAACAAUGAAAUAUCCCGGUAA